GGCGGGCCCGUGGGCGGGGCGAUGAGGCGGCUGGACCGCGUAGCGGCUCCUGCAGGGGUCCGGUACCGGGAGGCCGGCUCUCCUGCAGGGGUCCGGUACCGGGAGGCCGGAGCCGGAGCCGAGGGUCACCGCGGCAACCAUGAGCGCGGACCUUGGCCGCGUGGGUGCAUGUGUCCUGAAGCAUGCAGUGACCGGGGAGGCUGUGGAGCUACGGAGCCUGUGGCAGGAGCAGGCGUGUGUGGUGGCCGGGCUGCGGCGCUUCGGCUGCAUGGUGUGCCGCUGGAUCGCCAAGGACCUCAGUAACCUCCGGGGCCUCCUGGACCGGCACGGCGUGCGCCUGGUGGGCGUGGGGCCUGAGGCCCUGGGCCUGCAGGAGUUCCUGGAUGGUGGUUACUUCUCGGGAGAACUCUACCUGGAUGAGAGCAAGCAGUUCUAUAAGGAGCUGGGUUUCAAGCGGUACAACAGUUUGAGCAUCCUGCCAGCUGCCUUGGGAAAGCCUGUGCGUGAUGUCGCCGCCAAGGCCAAGGCUGUUGGCAUCCAGGGAAACCUGUCUGGGGACCUGCUUCAGAGUGGAGGACUGCUGGUGGUCAGCAAGGGUGGUGACAAAGUACUGCUACACUUUAUUCAGAAGUCCCCGGGCGAUUAUGUUCCUCAGGAGAACAUCCUACAGGCCCUGGGCAUCUCUGCUGAGGUCUGUUCCAGCAAGCCACCCCAGUGUGACGAAGAAGUGUGUGGAAGGUGAUGUCUGCAGCCUCUGAAGACCUAGAGGCCUCUGCUACGCUGGGUGUGCCGAGUAGGAAGAAGCCUUAUGGCGCUCCUGAGGCAGGACACUUGAGCCCUUGCCUCAUCCUUGGGCAACAGUGAGCCAUUAAACCAAGCUCUGGGCA